CUUCAACGUCGUAUCGAGUGUAAACAAGUUGAACAGUUGAAAGACCAGAUUUUAUCAUGCAUUAUGUAGACAAAUGUACUUGAAGAUGGCCUCUGGAGGAAAAUUGUUAAUGGAAUGGGAAUUAGUGUAUCCAGUAGGACCUAACCUUGCCUUCCAUGCUGGAUGUACAAUAGGGAACAAUUUUUACAUUCAUGGUGGUAUAGAAAAGAAGGACAGUAAGAUCCCAACAAAUAGAUUCUAUUGUCUUGAUUCCUCUAUGACGUGGAAUGAAAUUACAUCUCCUACUAGUCCAGCACUCAGCCACCAUGCUGCAAUAGAACUUGGAAACAGAUAUUUAGUGCUCGUAGGAGGUUGGACUGGAAAGACCAGAACAUCAAAUGUUUAUGUUUACGACACAGAAAAGAAGUUUUGGUCAUUCCCAACUGUAACUGGGUUUCCAGAGGGAGGAGGGUUGAGCUCCCAUACAGCCACACACAUGGAUAAUGGAGUUAUCUUGGUGAUUGGAAGAGAAGGAGGUUUACGCACUCAAAGAAAACAUGGAAGUGGUUUCCUUCUACAUGGGUCAGCAGAUAACAAGCAGUUCACCUACAGUGAAUAUACGCAAGCUACAGCAUCUAGAUCUGGGCACACUGCCAACGUUGCUGCCUCAACUCUUUUUAUAAUCGGUGGAAGAGACAAUGAACUUCUGGAAUACAAAUCUAGCUUUAAAAGUGUCUUAACAGAUAGUGGAUCAACAGAGAAGUUCAUAGAAGUGGCACAAAAGUUGAAACCGGUUGAAAAAUAUCCAUCCGGAAGAAAAAAUCAUGUAACUGUUACUGGAAAAGGAGCCCUUUUGAUUCAUGGCGGGGAAACAUUUGAUGGGAAGAGCAAAGAGCCAGUUGGGGACAUGUUUAUUUUGACUGCUAAACCAAUUAAAAUGUACAAAGUAGGAACUACCGAUAUUAAUCGGGCGGGGCAUGUUUGUGGAACUGUUGAUGGGAAAAUAAUUUUACAUGGCGGCAUAGGCAAGGGAAAUUUAGUUUAUGGAGAUACGCACAUAUUGACAUUCCAUAUAUGAGUGUGAAAGUUGAAUUUUUUAGGUAUUCACAUAAGAAAUAUCAAAUUGCACUCAC